CUUAUAUCAGUGGGUUCUCUGUCUUCCAGAGCCCCUCUCUCUCUCUGAAACUUCCUCCCCCUCUCUCUCUAAAGGUUCCUCUCUCUCUCUCCCCUGCCGCCGCCUCGUUAUGUUUCCGGUUGAACCGGACGUAUUGGGAACCGCCAUUGAUCUUUCUCUGUAAAAGAGGGCUUGUCAUUGUGGGGGAGUUUUGGGAUAAACCCAGGAAAAGUCUUUAUUGUCUUCCGUGUCUUCCGUUUCCCUUUGAAUCUCUGGGGCCUUUUGAUCAAUUGUUAAAGACCCAUUUGCGUAGAAAAGAUAUUUAGUGCUGUAGGAGAACUUGAUUAUGGAAGGGGAAACAUCCUGGAUUGACUACCAAUUCGAUGAUAAUAGAACACAAGUGCUUGAUUUGCGAGUGUUUGAUUUGUACCCGGAGCUCAGUGAUGAUGAUAAGAGUGAUAACAAUCUCGUUUCAAUUGAUUCAAUCCUUCCUGAUGAUUUACUUGAACGAAUUCUAGCGUUGCUGCCGAUAGCUAGUAUUUUCAAGGCAGCUGCUGUAAGUAGAAAAUGGUGUGAGAUAGUGCACUCUAGGAGAUUCUUAUGCAAUGCUUCAAGGGUCUUGGUGCCGAAACCUUGGUACUUCAUGUUCACCGGCUCUGAUGAGCCCACUGGUUAUGCUUAUGACCCCAUGGAUCGGAAAUGGUAUAGCUUUCAACUCCCCCUUAUUGAGACAUCCAGCUGGUUUAUUGCUUCAUCAUAUGGUUUAGUUUGCUUCAUGGACAAUGACAGCAGGAGUGAGCUAUAUGUUUGCAACCUAAUUACCAAAGACCACAGGAAACUUGUGGAGCCUCCAGGCCAAAAAUUCUCUGAUUAUAGUGCUCUUGCAAUAUCGGUGGACAGUCUAUCACACAGCUACACUGUUGCAGUUGUAAAAUCUAAGCAAAUCCCUAAUAAUUUUGUUCAGUGGAAUCUUUCAAUCCAUUGUUAUUCUUCAGAAACUGGGAUGUGGGUAUCUCCUGUUAUGGAACUGAUGACAGGCUGGAGAGGAGGAGAUGACAGUGUGAUUUGUGAUGGGGUAUUGUACUUCCUGGUUCACUCUACAACUUUGACCGGGAACCAACAUGCUUUGGCCACUUUUAAUCUUUCUAGCAGACCUUCCAAUGGUUUGUCAAUUGAUAGUUUUAUCCCAGUACCUUGCUCCCUCACCUGUGGCAGGCUGAUGAACAUGAAUGGUAAGCUUGUAAUGGUGGGAGGAAUUGGGAAACACGAUCGGCCAGGUAUAAUUAAGGGGAUUGGCAUCUGGGCUCUCAAGGGGAGGGACUGGGAGGAGGUUUCUCGCAUGCCUCACAGGUUUUUUCAAGGAUUUGGUGAAUUUGAUGAUGUUUUUGCAAGCAGUGGCUUUAAUAGUCUUGUAUACAUUCAGAGCUAUGGAGCCCCUGCUCUGCUUGUGUUUGACAUGAACUUGAGACAGUGGAAGUGGUCACAAAAAUGUCCUGUGACAAAGAGAUUCCCCCUUCAGCUUUUUACUGGUUUUUGCUUUGAACCUCGGCUUGAAAUUGCUCCCUAAUUGUGCAUCUUCAAUUUUUAGAAUCUCCCAGUGGUGCUGAUAAAUUUCAGUCCUCGCUGUCCUUGUUUCUUCAAUUGUUUUCACAUCCAAGUUUUGGAUAAACAAGUUCACAAAAAUGGUUUAGUGGUAGAAGUUGUUCAUUCAUAAGAUUAACAAUAUCUCUUUAUAUAUCUGCAUUGGCACUCUUAAUUUCUUCACAGGUUGGGAAUUCUUUCCUUUGGAUGCAGACUUGGAGGCAGGUGCUUGUUUUAACUCAAAACUCCCAUCCCAAAGUUGGGCUUGACUUUAUAUCUCAACUCAAUAAUAUGAAGUUCCAUCUCUUUCUGUCUCAAGUUUGAUAUUGGUUCUAAACCUGAUGAUUGAUUUUCUACGCACUUCAGAGCUAUUUAGGUAUGAGAUAAUAAUCGUUCUGUGGCUAGUUGUCAUGGUUGAUUUUCUUGGAACUUCAAAGAUAUUUAGGUUUGGGAUAGUGACUGUUAGUCGUGUGGUCUUGUUUCUUCAAAAGUGGAUGCUAUGCUAUGUUCUCCUUGUGUAUGAUCCGGGGCAUUACUCUCAAAUGUAGGCGAGGGUUUAUGACUUUAUAAUAAACAGAAUAUUUUAUUAUUUUUCCCUAUAAUUUGAUCUGUUCACUGUGAAAGAUGAUAACAAGUGGUCCAUGGAGCCAUACUCGCCGGAAGGCAGGACCCUCUUACCUUGGUUCGACCAGGUAAUUCCCACUGUCGAUCCUUGGGAAAAUCUGAGCAUUUUGAAGGAAGCUUUAAGAAGAUGAAGACCACACACAUUGAAGGGCCUCAAAUGCAGCUUCUCCUUCAAGAGCCUGACAAAACCGACAGGUAUCUAAAUGAUUUCAAAUAUGUUUGCCUACCAUUGUUGACCUUUAAACAGUCCUGAGGAAUCUGCAGGUGGGGCUUUAAUUUUGGUGAAUUUAAAUCCUUCCAUGCAUCCAUCCUUACUCAUUUCACAGAGCUUCAAAGUUGGUUGGUUGGUUGGUUGAUUGGUUUGUUUUUUAGUCGGGGGGAUCUUCUCUGUGAUAUGCAAAUGGUUCCUGUGUCAGAAGAAGUUAAUACACUUAAAGCCAAUGUAACCCUCCUAAAUGUCCUCUACCAACUCAUCUCCAGGCUAUAUUCUAAUUGAAUCCUUGUAUGUAAUAACAAUGGACAUUGCCAUUUAAGGGGGUUCAUAGAACCAGCCCCUCCAGGACUACUGUAAUGCAUGUAAAAAUACCAUUCACAGAUAUAAUGCAGUUUUGUUCCAGACAGUUAAACCUGUA